CCAUUUAGUAUGUCCUCUGCGCUCCAGUUGAGCAAUUUCCAACACACUGAGUCAUAGUUCACUGUGUUCCUUUAGGCAAAGUCCUACCUAACACUGUUUGUGCUUGUGACUCUCACUCACAUGAAGGGUUUGCCAGGUUUAGGUAAUGAAAUGAUUAGGCUCUGUAAUUAUCUUGAAUAUGAUACAGGAGAGUUCUAUGGUUGUAUUGUUAGGCCUUCAUUUAAUCCAGUACAACAGGUAUAUUCUACUGUAAAUACUACCUUUUGUAAAACUUGUAAUACUGUGCAGAGAGGCACAAUUCAACUCCCCUCCAGACAUGUUUUAAGACAUUUCACAAUACUCUUCAAAUAAUAAUUUGUGUCUGAUGUGGUUUUCCUACAAAAAAGUUAACUUAGUUAAAGAUUCUUAAAAUGACAUCCACCCCUUCUCCCACUUUGAAAAAUAAUGAAUGUGAAGACAACCUUCUAUUGUCAAACUGCACAUAUAUCAUUCUGCACAGUGAAGGUCAAACAUCCAAAUGAGGAAACAAUAAUACAAAACACAUUUUUGAGUGAAAGGCAACUUUAAGUCUCAACAGCAACCGAACAUUUUAACUAGGGAGGUAUUUAUUGCAGGGCUGUUGUAUUGCAGUACAUUUUGGAGAUGUUUCUCUUUUUUGUAUCACUCAGUGGGUAUCUGUAUCUGAGAACUAGGCCAGGGCAGUGUAAACAUCUGUCUCAGUCCAGUGCUUGCUGCCUGUUGAGAGCCAUGACAGAUGGAAAGGGAGCGUAUGGCUCAAACACUUCCAUCUUUGACCGUACCGGCAGUUGUCUUCCCAAAAUAGCCUGCACUCCACGGCCUUAUAUGUGCAGGCCUCCAGCGUGCGCCUGAGGAGGCAUCAUGUAUCUAGGCCACACAAUACGGGCUGCAGGCUCAUUGUUGCUGCUUGCCAGCAGGCCUAUCACUGCCACAGGGACGAGGCCUCUCUUUCUGCCUAGGGACAGCUCACCAUGCAUCUCACCCAGCUCAACCGCGAAUGUCUCCUCCACCUUUUCUCCUUCCUGGACAAGGACAGCCGGAGGAGUUUGUCCCUUACCUGUCAUCAGCUGCAUGAGGUCUUCCUAGACCCCUGCCUCUGGAAUCUGCUCCACUUCAGCUCCCCAUGUCAGCUGAGGAGGGACAACUUUGUGCUGGGACCCUCAUUGCGCUACUUGACUAUUUGCUGGUACUCCAGCAGGGUCCUGCAAGUGUGUAACAUUGAGGACUGGUUGAAGAGCUCGUUUCAGAAGGACAUCUGCAGUAAACAUGAAAGCCUGGUCAGCACUUUCCUGGCCCAUGUCUGCCACAUGUGUCCCAACCUGCUCUCGCUGACCCUGUCUGGCUGUGGACACAUCACUGACCAGGAUGUGAUCUCCAUGCUGCAGAGCUGCAGGAAGCUGCGCCGCCUCCACCUGGAGAACUGCGUCCGCAUCACCAACUGCAGCCUGGAGGGUGUGGCGGCUCAUGGAGACAGUCUGGAGGAGGUAAAGGUGGACUUCUGCAGGAACAUCACUCAGGGUGGGCUGCAGGCUGUCAGAGAGAAGAGGCCGGGCGUCCAGCUGAGUGCAGAGAGGAGCGCUGAUAUGAUCCCAGACAGCAAGCCUGAGGAGAAGGUGCCGCUCAGGAGGACACUGCAGAAGGUCCUGCAGUUCUCCUGAUGGAAAUGUUUUCACAUCCUUUCGGACCACAAGGAAGAGCAUUUCUGUAACUCAUCAUUUAGGGACUUGACUUGUUCUGAUUUGUAUCUGUAUUUAAUACAAGUGUUUUUGCACCCUUUUUUUAUACCUUUUUAUACAACACAUGUUGAAUAUGAGUCUUCCCUACAAAGGGCCAAUCCCAAUACACCCCUUUCUCCUACCACUUAGCCCUACCCCUCCAUUUUGCGCGUUUACGUGUAGGGGUAGGGUGUCCCAAUCCUUGUUGAGAUCGAGGGGAUGGGCAAAGUGCUAGGGCUAUAUGGCCCUCCAAACAGAGCUUUUUCAGAGGCACACUCCAAACCGAGUGUUACGAGACAUCACCCAGAAUGCCUUGUGAUUCAUGGGCAAGAUGGCAACUGCUCCAGGCAACAAAAGAAAACCACAAAUGUAAGUAUUUUCUUCAUAAAUAAAGAUUAAAAAAAUGAUGAUAACCAUCGGAUCAUCUUAGUUUAAUGUUGUUUCAAUGUAUUAUAAACCUUUUCUUUAUAACAACCAUAACAAAAAAAUGGCUAGUUGUGUAUGUUGCUAGUAUGCUCAUGUCUCUAGCUAAAUAGCUAACAUAAUACCAUUGUUUUAAGGCUGAUUUGUGUAUGACAGCGCCGCAUUUUGACUUAUUUUACUUUGAUGGCAUAUGAUGCCUGAAAUUUAACCAGCAUUUCCCGAUUUGCUGCUGACGCACGCAAAAACAUGCCUAUAGCCCACGCAAGAGAAAUCACCACAGCUGAAGACGGUAUUGUGAGAUGUCCCGGCAACAAACUUGUCACGUCUGUUUACAAUGCCAUCGGACACUACUGAUGACAUAUCAGGAUCUUGAAAGUCCUGUCUAGAUGGUAACCCUGGAUUUGCGAAAACUCUCGUGAGAUUUAGUUUAAGCAAACAAAACUACUUAGUUAGAUUUAGGAAUGCGCACAAUGAAGAAACAACACGUACCAAUCUUGCGAGAGUUUUGCAAAUCCAGGGUUACCAUCUAGACACAACCGGUCUUGAAGAGUUGUCCCAUAGAGAGGCGAAGUCCCUCCCCAUAUGGUGUCCCCCGGUAGUCAACAGCAAGUGGCAAAUCAUUUUUUUAUUCCGUUUGAAUUGUGUCAUGAAUUACACAUAUGAUGUUUGUCAAUUUAAAAGAUAAUUUUGCAAGUCAAGAAAGUCGUAGUUUGUCGUAGUACCAUUUAGUUUUGUGUGAAACCACUCAGUGAACUACAUUUCUCGCUCGCACAAUAUACAUCACCAGCCAACAUGGGCGUCCCUUGUAACGUUAGCUUACCUGAUGUGUUUCAUCCAGCAACUUCUGCUCCUUUUAUCAGCCAGGAAGCGAAGGAAUAAUAAGCAAGACCCAUAGCUCGUAUGACUAAAUCCGGUACUUUAGUAGUUUUUACAUCCAUGUACGAAACACAUAGGCAUUGUAGCUUCAGUGGCUCUGGCCACUUGUGGAGUGAGAAAGUCAUGACGCCACUUGCGCAACUUUCAGAUGUGUAGUCUUUCUUAUUAUGUAUCACAGUCUUAUACUUCAACAGUUUUACGACAAACUGCGACUUGCAUGACUCCUUUUCAGUUUGAAAGGUCACAACACAUUUUUUUUAUAUUGACUGUUAUUUUUACUUAUUGUAUGUGUUUUUUUUUACUGUGUAUGUAAAAACAUAAACUUAAACUUAUUUAUUAAAUGUGUAAAAGACAAUUUUCCAUCACAGUUUUUCUAAAUGUGAAUCUGAAUCUUUAUAAUGAUGACUCAUGUUAAUUAGAUCUGUUACAAUAUUAAGAUUUAUAUAAUUUCCUAUAAUGGUGUUUAGUAGCAGCUAAAAACAUUAUUAAGAAAAAUGCUUAUUUGGUGCUGCAAUUCAAGAACAAACUUAAAUACAGUAUAUGGACAUGAUUCUAUGUAGAACCACCUCUCUCAGCAUCAUCAUGCAAAAUGUUUUGGGCUAAAAUGCAUUCAGUAACAAUAUAGUAUAUCUGAGCAGGCUUACUGAAAACUACAAUGCAACACACAGUGGUAACAAAAGAAAGCCCCCAUGGGUGGGGGGGGGAUAGUAUAUCAUGUACUGUUUUAAUAUACAGUAGUGUGCUGUUUUCCAACAAAGAACUAACUCUAACUUUUGCACAUAGAAACAGAGGCUCAGGCCAGACAACAAAUGCUAUUUUAUUUACUAUAAAGAAAUAUGGCUUAAUAGCAAAGUGCUUGCCAGGAUAGACCGGUAAGAGUUAUGAGUUCCAGGUGGGGAGACUCCAGAGGCACAUCCGGCUGCCUACAGCACUCCAAUACAAUAACAGGACUCUGCUCUAGACAUGUAACAACACGACUGUAUCAAAGCCUCACUCCUCUGCUUGUUUCCAUCAGGGGCAGUUUUUUUAUUUUUAUGGUUGUAUGAUUUCAAAAAAAGACAGUCUUGAAAGACCUGUUGCCCAGAUGUGUGUCCUUAAAAGCAUUGCCUUUUGCUGUGCAAACUAUUAAGUCUGAGGUAGCUGCAGCCUUUUUGUUACCUCACUAAAACUGAUAUAAGUUACAGUGUAUGACUCCUCAUUUAUACAGCUCCUUCAGUCUAUGAAUUAUCAAUAAAGUAUCCAAGUCCGGCCUUCACUCUAGCAGAAGCCAGGGAAAAGUAGAAAUUUGCACCUGAACAAAAGGCCAGUUUGUGUCUGAAAAGAGCGGCUACUAUGUUGAAUAUCAUCCUAUUAUACUGUGAGAGCAAGUCACACUCUGAGCUGUACAACUGUUUUCUCUCUGUGUGAUUUGAUCUUUAAAUUAUUGUGCUGAACCACAAACACAUAACAGGGAAAUUCACAGUAUCUGCUAUUCAGAUCUCAAACAUUUCAUGAAAUGCAAUGGUUGGUUUUAUUUUGCUGUACAAAGGACACUUCAUGAGAAAGGUGGUGCAUUGAAAAUCAUCCAAGAUCAAAUGUGGACACCCACAUGUCUCCACCAUAGACUGUGAAGGGGUUCAAACUUGUUUAAGAGGUGAAACAGACUGGGUUUGGGGAUUGGGGCUAACUAUGUUUUCAAACAGACCACACUUUGCAAUUAUAUCCCUCCUUUAUGAGAACAGUCUGCUAGAUGGUUCAUGGUUAAACGUGCUUAAGUAGAAUAUUGUGCCAACAGAUUUCUGGUUCAUCAUCAGUCAAGAUGAAACCUUUUAUCUUUAUGACCUGCUCCAGAAGACAUGUUGGGGGGGACAAUUACAGACUUGUUUGAAUAACCUAAGGAGUGUUUCAGCUGAAACACUGUAGAAUGUCACAUUGCCGGUUUUUGCCUUUUGGUUUUAUAUUAUGUAACUCUACCACUGAGAAUUGAGAUCAUGAAAUUGUUUAGAUUUUGCAUCCACUUGUUUACUCAUAUGCUUUCCAUAAUACUUGAGCCAAAUAACCCACCCAGCAGGUUCAAGUCUCUGGAAGAGGCACAUCAUCAGUGAUGGAAGAGGUAUUCAGAUGUUUUACUGAAGUAAAAGUAACAAAACCAACAUGUAAAAAUAUUCAUGCAUAAGUAUUAUCAGAAAAAUGUAUUUAUUUUAAAAGUAUCAAAAAUAAAAGUACUCAGAAUGGC